CUAUCGGUAUUAUCUGCGCAUCGUCUAUAUCUGCCUCGCCCUUGUCGUUUCAUCAGCUGUGAAAUCUUUCUGUCGCAGGAGCAGCGGGGUUUCCAGGACAUGUACAAUUUGCUGGGCGGUCCACUUGACAUGGACAUUCCCCUUGACGCGAACGUGCUGGUUCUGCGCAUCCAGACCGAUGACAUUGAACAAGCAGCCAAGGGAUCCUUAGAAUCAUGUCGUAUCCGUGUGCGAAGGCGUCCAUUGCCCAAUCCAAGAAAUCCUCGAUUGCUAGAUCGAUAUAGGCAGCUUUUAUUGGAUAGCGAAGUACAUCACACAGUACUGGACGCAACUAUACGUUCGACGCGGGAACAUUGGGUUUCUAAAGCAAAACUGGUAUAUCAAAUGUCUCGCCAAAAGGAAAUCAUCCCAUCAAUGCACGUUAGUAAUGUGUUCAACGUCGUUCGCGGCUGUUCUGAACAGGACCGUGAUGUGCUGACGUUCUGGCAAGAGGGUCUUUCAAAAGUGUAUAAGGAAUCUGUGAUCGCGACUAUUCAUCAACUUCCACAUUAA